CCCAAAAAACAUCAAGUUAGCAGCAGUGUUAGCAUUAGCUGUCACUCUCAAAACUGGAAGGACAGGUGUUUUAAAGAGGAAAAAGCAGCAUGGGUGUGUCACCAGCAGUCACCACAUUGUGUGACAAUUCGGACGAGGUCUUCCUAGACGUGGCCAAGUUGUUACUCACAUAUGCGGACAACAUUCUAAGGCAUCCAAAUGAGGAAAAGUACAGGUCGAUCCGCAUAGGAAAUCCUACAUUCUCCACCAAGCUGCUGCCCGUCAAAGGAGCUGUGGAAUGUCUCUUUGAGAUGGGAUUUGAGGAGGCAGAGACCCACCUGGUGUUACCCAAGUCUGCAUCAGUGGAACAGCUGAAGCUCAUCAGGGAAUCCAUAGCAGCAGAGAGGGAUCGGAGGCUACAAGGAGGACAGCCUGUCCAACCAAGAGUUCAGGUUACUGCAGCCUCACUACCAGAGAGCCUCGCUCCUGCUCCUGCUGCUCCUGCUGCUCCUGCUCCUGCUGCUCCUGCUCCUGCUGCUGUCAGUCAGCCAAUUCCACCACCUCCAUCACAGCCAUCAUCCCUGGAAAACAGUAUGAGCUUCUUCGUGACUCUCCAGUCAAACUUCCAGCAUGUGAUGAUGUAUGAAAACCCUGAGCUGCAGCAGAAAGCCUUGAGUCACAUCCCUCACCAGCAGCUGUCCUCUGCUGCUCAACACAAGCUGAAGGAGGCUAAAGCUGCUGACCCAGAUUGUAAACUUGGAAUAGAAGACUUCCUGGUGCUGGAGCUACUUAGGUGGUUCAAGCAGGAUUUCUUCUCCUGGGUGAACAGUUUACCCUGCAGCCGCUGUGGGGGUCCCACAGAGAACGCCAGCUCCCUCAGUCCCAGCUCUGAUGAUGUGCGCUGGGGAGCUCAGCGAGUGGAGAACCAUUACUGUCAGCUCUGUAGGUUCUCCACAAGAUUCCCAAGGUACAACAAUCCCGAGAAGCUGCUGGAAACCAGGAGGGGGCGCUGUGGGGAGUGGGCGAACUGUUUCACCCUGUGCUGCAGAGCCAUUGGCUUGGAAGCCAGGUAUAUCUGGGAUAGCACAGACCACGUGUGGACAGAGAUUUACUCGCUUUCUCAGCGUCGUUGGCUGCACUGUGACUCGUGUGAGAAUGUCUGUGACAAGCCUCUUCUUUAUGAGGUUGGCUGGGGGAAGAAACUAGCCUAUGUCCUGGCUUUCUCUAAGGACCAGGUGGUGGAUGUGACGUGGAGAUAUUCCUGCAAACAUCCAGAGGUUUUGUCUAGAAGGACCCGUGUUCAAGAGGCCUGGCUGCUUCACACCAUUAAUGGGCUCAACGACUCAAGGCAACAGGGCGUGAGUCCAGGCAGGAAGAAGGACCUGACGGAGAGGCUGCUUGUUGAGCUGGUGGAGUUUAUUUCCCCAAAGAAGCCGAAACCAGGAGAGCUGGGGGGACGCAACUCAGGCUCUAUGGCCUGGAGGACGGCAAGGGGGGAGACUAGAGCAGCUGAGUCUUCAACACAGGCUGAAGGUUACGUGUUUACUCCUACUGAGAAAGAGAAGAGUGACCGGUUACUGCACGUGUGCUACAGUGCCACCAAAGACCAGUACUGUCGACUGUCCAACAGCUCUGAGGUGGUUCAGGGUUGGGAUCAGUGCGUGUGGAGGAAGGAGUCGGUCUUCAGAAUGUUGGAAAAGGACUGGCAGAUGGUGUACAUCUCUCGAACAGAGGGCUCCUCUACAGGACGAAUGAGCUGGAAGUUUGAUUUUGCUGCAGUGGGGAUGAAGAUGAAGUCUGUCUCGAUCAGGACCAGUAGCCAGACCUUCCACACGGGGAAAGUCAGCUGGUCCUUGCAGGCAGGCCUAGCUACUACAGAAUUCUGCGGAGAUGGGAAAAUGCAGUCGUUCCCCAGUUUGUCCGGCUCGUCGGACAUCGUGGUCGUAGCAGAACUCAGCGGGGGAGAAGGGGAGGCAUCGUGGCAGCACUCUCAGCUGUUCAGAGAGAGCCUGAAGGAGACAGAGGAGUCUUCGUUUGAAAUCCUCAUCCACCUAGAAGAUGCCUAACGGUUGCUACACUCAACAAAACUUGAUCCAUAAUACUUUUUAACUUUUUUCUGCUCUAAUGUGUUCAGUGGUAACCGAUUGAAUUUUGUUGUUGAAUCAGUACAAUAGGUGUCAGUGUAUAGGGUGAUGAAAUAUGCACAAUCUAAUGAUUGAAAGCAACAGCUUGUUCUAUCACAGAUAGUGCACAUUUUAAUCUUUGAUAGGCCAAAACUCUAUAGCAUGCACUCUGUAGAAUGUUUGCACAAUUAGGUCUGGACCAUCUCUGUAGUUUGCUUUUCACAAACAAGAACACAGCAGCACACAGGACAUUGACACCGGCACUGUCCCCUAUAACCAAAAGUGCUCUUGAUAUCUUCGUUGGUGUCUUCUACAUGUAUGGCACCUCUUUUUCAUCCUGAGACUAUGUGUAUGCUUUGUUUUCAAUUCAGAGUCUUUUGCAUGUUAGAAACGUCAUCAACCCACACACUCACUUGUGUUGAAUCCUGCGGAACAUCUCUUGCUGUGUUCACACAUUGCCUCAUUUAGACUGGGUUUUUACUUGUCAGGGAAACAAAUCUGGGGAAAGUCUAGAUACUCAUACUUGCACAUUUGCGUUCUCACCCUCAGCCUCUCCGGAGAAUGUUCUGAGAUUCUUCUGAGUUCAGUGCGUGUCUGAAAGCAGCUAAUGAGACAUGGAGUCUGAGAUAGACCUGUAAGCCAUUGAGUUUUUGUAACCUAUACUUCUUUGUAAUGUGGGGACAGAUGUCACACAGCAAACCAUGUGUGAAAACCCUCAUCAGCUCAGGUAUCUCCAGUUCCAUGUAUUGUUAAGUGUGUUGCUUUUGACACAAUAUGUGUGUUACUGUCUUUACAGUGGGCUCACGCUCCACAGUUACAAUCAUGUAAGUCAAACCAAGUCAGAUAUACGUGUAUAGCACGUUAACCACAUCAGGAGUUGGGAAGGGGGAAGGAAGAACAGCACCCGUAUGGAUAAUUGUGUGUGUAAUGAUAAAUGAAUCAGUUUAAUUUUAGCAUUAGUGUUAUGGAAAUACUCUGUGUGAUUCUGCUGGUAUAAUAAAGAUAUUUUUUUAA